AUGUUUGCUUGCCGCUAUCCUGGUCUUUUUCGACUGCCAAUUCUCUCCUUCUAUCCACCUUUGAGACGACCAUUCACCGCUUUCGUCUUUCCCCCUCCUCUCAUCUACUCCUUUCCCUCCCCUUUUCCCAGAAACCUGCGCAACAACCAGCUGACAGGCCCCGUACUGCAGCCCAUCCCAGCAAACCUCACCAUCUAUGAUCUCGACAACAACUACCUCUCCUCUGGCUUUACCUCCCCGCCCAACUGCUCUGAACGUUCCAUCUCCUUCCGCUUCAACUGCCUCCAAACCCCCACCCAAGGCUACUCCUGCCCUACACCCGCCACGCCCUCUGCUGCGGAUGCAGCGGUGCAGCGGCCAGAAGUGCUCUGUGAUGUGUUUUGCGGCAUGAGUGCUGCCGAUCCCCCAUGUGGCGGGCAUGGCUUGUGCUAUGCGGACGGGCCGAACAGAGUGCCCACGUGUGACUGCAACCCCGGAUUUGUCAAUGGGGAGCUGCCUGGAAGCUGCGUGCCUGGAAGCCAGGUGGGUGGCCCAGUAACCGUGCAGCCAAUAGCAGCACAGACAGCAGUAAAGGGGGGAGCAAUACUGGCAAGCAACGGUCGCAUCACACUCACAGCCUCACAGCCCGACACAUGGGGCGCAGCGUUUUUCAAGCUCCCCGUCCGACUCUUCUCUUUUGCUCUCAAGGCUGCCACAGCUGCGGGAGAUGCAGGGGAAGGUUUUGCGUUUGUGAUUUCCGCCAGUGACUCUGCUACGGGCGGUAGCAGUGGCAGCAGCAACGGCAGUGGUGGCGGUGGCAGCUUAGGUUAUGCAGGCAUGGAUGAGCACAGCAUAGCCGCGGAGUUUGAUAUGGCCAGAAGCACCGACGCCAACGACCCAGACAAGAGCCACGUGGGAUUCAGUGUGAGGGGCAACACCUCUUCCAUCGCAACUGCCAAAGCGCCCUUCACUCUCAACGACGGCAAGCAAAAGCACGCCUGGAUCGUCUUCGACCCCUCUCCUUCCUCUGCUGGUGCUGGUGAUGGCUAUGACAGCAGCAGCAGCAGCGGCGGCUCGGGGUGGCUGCGAGUGUUUCUAUCGGCUAAGGCGUCCCCCCGGCCGGGCAAGGCAGUGGUGGCGAUGCAGGUGUCGCUGUGCGAGUUCCUGCAGCCCAGUCUCCCGGAAUCAACCACUCUUCAUGGCCAGCAAUUUGGGUUCCAGCUCAGCGAGGCAUCACUAUCACCAGUGGGGGCGAACCUGUUUUUCCGUUACGCAAGUGUGAGCGUGCAGGCAGUGCAGCCAGCAGGAGGAGGGGGAGGGGGAGGCGGAGAGGGCGACGAGGAGGUGUGGGUGGUAAACCAGGCGUUCUCCUGGGCCGACCAGGGGCUGCCGUGGCCCGUCCAGAACCAGGGCGCCUGCGGUGAGGGCACCGGCAUGGGGAUGGGCGACUGCUGGGCGUACGCGGUGGUGGGCAGCGUAGAAGUGGCCUACACCAUUCUCUUCAACCUCUCCGCCGUGCCGCUCCUCUCUGUCUCCCAGCUGCGUGAAGCCCUCGGCUCCUCAUGCUCACAGGGCAACUCACCCUCCCAGGCCUUCCAGUACCUCGUCACUCUCAACGCCAAGAGAAAAGUGGGGCUCGCGGAGGAUGGGGCUGGGGUGGUGAUAAGAGGGAGGGGGGGCAAGAAGAGAAGCAGCCAGAGCCCACUCUGCGGCAUGCCCGUCUUUGCUCUGCUCGCGCAAGCGCUUGGGAUCUCCUGCGGCAAAGGCCGAACCCCAGGAAAGAGCAAGCCAUCAGGGGGGCCGUUCAGAGUAGACGGUUUUGAGCGCACGGCGUUCCAUGGCUGGUUUGGGCUGCUGCUGGCCGUGCAGCGACAGCCCGUGGUGGUGCAUGUGCAGGCCACCGCCCCCUCCUUCCUCAAAUACGAUGGGCUAUCCAAGUACGCGGACCCCUCGUGCUUCACGUACAACCUGAACCACGUGGUGCUGCUGGUGGGCUAUCGCCUCACCGGCUCAGACCCCACCUUCCCGCACAUGGCGCCGCCCUUCUGGAUCAUCCGCAACUCAUGGGGCCCGGAGUGGGGCGACGGCGGGCACAUGCGGAUGGACAUCCAGGGGGGCGACGGCGUGUGUGGGAUCAACACGCUGCCUGGGAUCUACCCGGUGGUGCGCGCUGCCAAGGACCCCUGCAACGUCAACGGCACCACCAGUGGGGUGUUUGGGCCGCUCUUCAACCCCUGUGGCAACUUCACGUGCACGCCCACGCCUGAUGGGGCCAGCAACCACUGUGACUGCAACGACCCACGAUUCAUCGAGGCACUUCAACAGGACAACUCUCGCACCUGUGCUUACAAGGACGCGUGCAGGGCGGCGGUACACAAUCCAUGUGCGGUGGGCACGUGUGUGAAUGAUGGCAAGGGGUCGUACUCGUGUGUGUGCCCCCCGGGCUUCAGGCAGGGCACCACUGUUGAUGGUACCUACUCCUGUGGUCCAGGCGACUCCAGCAGCACAUACACGGUGGAGUCGUGGGGUGUCACGUGUGCCAACAUCCACCCCGUCUACAGCCUCACUCUCGCCCAGCUGCAAGCUCAGAACCCCGGUUUGAGCUGCAGCACUCCUCUUCUUGUCGGCACGGUGGUGAACGUGGUCCAGCCAGCUGACCUCGCGCCCUGCUCCGUUUACUGCACCACGUCCCAGGGCGACACUUUCGUCCUUGCCUCUCAUCCUCUGUUCUCCUUCCCCAUUCUCCCCACUUCUCCUCUCCCCCCCUCCCUCCCAUCCCCCCAGGGUGACACAUGUGAGUCGCUAGCCACCUACUUCUCCCUCACAGCCGGCUGCCCCACUCCCACCGAGCCCUGCGCAGCAGCAUUCCAGGCACUCAACCCCGGGCUGGACUGUUCCGGCAGCGGGGAGCUGGUGGGCAGCCAGGCAGCGUGUGUGGAGCGGCGGGCGGAGAGUGCAGCGGCGCUGCUCAUCCCGGUGUGCUCGCAGUUCUAUCUGGUGCAGGCCGGGGAGACGUGCGACCAGAUCCGCUCCGUGCCCUCCCCGCCGCUCUCCCCUCUCGAGUUCUUCCGCCUCAACCCCGGCAUCAAGUGCAGCCGCCUCGUGCCCAAGACUGACGUCGGCAGCCUCACAGGCUUCGAGGUCUCCGUCUGCUCUCCCUCACCCCUUCCUCCACACCACCUUCUCCCCCCCAUCGCCCUCCUUUCCCCUUUCUCUCCCUCUUCGUCCUUCCACUUUCUCCCCCCUUCCCCCUCUCCAUCCCUGCACCAUUUCCCCCCACCUCAUUGCCCCUAUCCUCCUGCCUCUAAUUUCCUCAGUGCUACCAGACCCUAG